UGUUUGACGGCGGCGUCAUCGCACGCCGAACUUGUUACAAACUCGUAAACAACAGCUGCACCGUACAACGUCAGAGCAAGCGCCUUUCACUUUUCCCCCACCUCCACUACGGUUGUUUUGCAACGGGUAUAAAUCGAGCGCGCAGCGACGGAGCAGGCAGUCUUGGCUCUGGCGCGGCACGGUGCACACCUUGUACUAUUGCUAAGCUGUUCCUAGACCUAUUGGAUAAUUAAUUUAAAUGUUAAGUUAAUUAUUAUCAUUAAUUAUUAAAAUGCCCAUAGGCGCUUUAUAAUUAAUUAAAAUAAAGUCACUUGUGGUUAAAGCCUGAGCAUUGGCCACAAUUGAAGUGUUAGCUGUACGCUACUUAAUUAAGACUAAUUACUGAAUCACUACCAUUGAUUAAAUUGCUGUUCUUAUAAUUAAUAAAAAUAGCUAUAUCUUGAUAUCUCUGCCUUAUUAAUUCAUCCUGUCCGACUCACUUCCUACAUCUGAAGUGGGAUACGGCUCCACCCCCACAUUAUAGUCAGACCGACACAAGCAGUAAAAUGUCUCAACAACAAAUGUCUCUUUUCUCUGGCAUGGAGGCCAUUUUCCGCAAAAUUGCAGAUAGCAUGAGUUCACGACAGAGCUCUUCAUCUAUUCCAACAAUGCUGGUAUCUUUUGAUCCAGAUGCCCCUGAGUCCGAUAUCACCAAUUGGUGCACGUUAAGCGAAAUGAUUAUUGAAAAAAGGAAUAUAGAAGGUGUUGACCUGAUCAUCGCACUUACACACUGCCUUAAGGGCCGUGCUGCUACCUGUCUAACAAAAAUACAACCUGACAAAAUUUCUUGGCCUGCCAUCAAGGACAUGCUUAUUUCCAAUUUUUCCAAACCCAUGAUGAUGCAAGAUCAUUUUGACCAAAUAAUUAAGUUUCGCCUUGGUAAUAAGGACAGCCCAGCCGAGGCAGGCUUGCGCCUUUGGCGACUUAUAGAAAAAAUUCCUGACGCUAACUUACCCGAACACGUUAUCACAGGUUUCGUGGUAUCAGUUUUAUCUCAAUGCAACGAUACAAUUCGGCUUGAACUUAAUUCUGUAGUCGUGAACGAUAAGCACCAACUCUUCCGUAUAUUGAGAGGUUUCACACUUAAAAGUUGUAAUGACACUUCUGAAAUUGAUACUGCUGGUUCUAGUACUUUGACUGCAGAAUAUGUCAACUAUCAUGCUACUAGGUCAUGUACAAGUUCAACAGAUUCUGUGAAUUCCAUUUCCGUAUAUUCUGAACCUAUAAAUAUUGUAACACAAGCUGAUGCUAAUGAUAGUGAUUAACUCAUGUUUCGCAAUCAUUUAUUGUAGGGCAUAGCCGGGCCAAUAAUGACUAAGUAAAAAAAAAA